CUCUUCUGUCAUCUACAAUAAUAAUCCGUAUUCAAUCCGUAUUGUUACUAUUACUACAAUAAUAAUUCUUAAUUAUUUUGAAGAUAAUUGAAAAGCUUCAAUCGUGUAAAAUUUUAAAUUUAAAAAAUAUCGAAUGAAUAAAUAUAAAUAAAGUUAAACAAUAGAUUGAUUCCACUUGAAAAAAGUCUACGGAUUUUAACUACAGCAAGCAUAAUAAAUAUUGGUGGUUAGAUUAAAAAGAAAACUUAUUUACGUUAAUAUCUUGCAAUGGACACCAUUUUAGAACAGCAAAGAAGCUAUCAUGAAGAACGAGAACGAACUAUGGAUGGAAUGGUUAAAGAAAUCCUUCAUAAAAAAGCAGGACAUCGGGAAACUAUCAAUAGUGAUCAUCGUUUGAAGAAUUUACAUGAUAGAUAUAUUGAAUCAACCAUAAGGCUUAAAGACUUAUAUGAAGAUAAAGAUGGCCUGAGGAAGGAGGAGAUUGCUGCACUGUCCGGACCAAGUGAAUUUUCAGAAUUUUAUACAAGGCUUAAACAGAUAAAGGAAUUUCAUAGAAAGCAUCCGAAUGAGAUUUGUGUCCCAAUGUCUGUAGAAUUUGAAGAAAUGGCAAAAUUGAGAGAAAAUCCUUCGGAAGAUUUUACUACACCCGUUGAGUUUACUGAUGAGGAGGGUUAUGGAAAAUAUCUGGACUUACAUGAAUGCUAUGAUAAAUAUAUCAAUUUGAAAGGAAUAGAGAAAGUUGACUACAUUACAUAUCUGAGUAUAUGUGACCAUCUAUUUGAUAUACCCCGUGAACGCAAGAACAGCGACUAUAGAAACUACAUUCGUGCCUUUCUGACAUAUUUGAAGGACUUUGUCAGUCGUGUGAAGCCUUUGUUAGACCAGGCACAAGAAAUGGCGUUGGCUCAUCAAGAGUUUGUGAAACAAUGGGAAGCUGGAACAUUUCCUGGAUGGCCAAAAGAGACUGGAGGUGCUCUGACAAAUAUUGGAGCUCAUUUAGACUUAUCAGCAUUUUCAUCUUGGGAGGAGUUGGCAUCUCUCGGGUUGGACAGACUUAAAUCAGCUCUCCUGGCUCUUGGGCUCAAGUGUGGUGGCACAUUGGAAGAACGAGCUCAAAGACUAUUCAGUACAAAGGGGCAAACUGCUUUAGACAAGUCACUAGUCGCAAAGAAAGGUGCCAAUAAAGCUAAGGCUUCGACACAGCAGAGGCAAAAAGAUAUUGCUGCCAUCGAAGCACAAGUAUACAGAUUUGCGAACAUAGUAAGUAUCACACGAGCUGCCACCAUAGAGAACGUGACGCGCAGAGCGGCUCGUGCGGCCGGCGAGAGACGUGACGAGAGCGAAGACGAGAGUGACGCGUCCGCCGCGGGAGACAUCGACUCUGAUGAUGAUGAGGUGCCGUACAACCCCAAGAACUUGCCAUUGGGUUGGGAUGGAAAACCGAUCCCAUACUGGCUGUACAAGCUGCACGGUCUGAACAUCAGCUAUUCGUGCGAGAUUUGUGGCAACUACACGUACAAGGGGCCGAAAGCCUUCCAGCGUCACUUCGCCGAGUGGCGUCACGCUCACGGCAUGCGGUGUCUCGGCAUCCCGAACACCGCGCACUUCGCUAAUGUCACGCAGAUUGAAGACGCACUUGCUUUGUGGGAGAAAAUAAAAAAUUUGAAAGAAAGUGAACGCUUUGUCGCUGAAAAUGACGAAGAGUUUGAAGAUUCUCUUGGCAACGUUGUGAAUCGUAAAACUUAUGAGGAUUUGAAAAGACAAGGGCUGCUUUGAGAAUUUUAUAUUGUAAGUUAGAUGAUAAAAGAUGAUCCCAAUAAAAACUUUUUAAAAUAA